UAUCUUGGGCUUUUAUUCUUAAGGGGUCCGCAGACACUCCCCGAGAUGAGAUAUUAUUAUUAUGAUUUAACUGAAAAAGCAGAGGAGGAGGAGAAGUUAGCAUCAAGCCAACACAUUUUUGGUGUCAAGUCGUUCGUCUGUAAAUUCUUGCUCUCCCUUUCCUCCUCCACCUCCUUCGUCAUCGGAUGCCCACGCCCGCUGUAAAAAGAGUCGCUUGCAUCUCCUGAUCUGGGAACUGCCCCGCAUCUCAUUUCUAAUUUGAAACACCAGACAGAAGAAAGACGCGAGCUUUGCAAUGUGGGCAUUUUCAACGCUCGGACAAGAGUAACGCCUCCUUUCUUGGUUUUGACAGCAACAUCCUCUGCCUACUCUCCCCGCCACUUCUACUUUCUCUCUCCUCAGCUAUGUCUUCCAAGUCCAAAUCCACUUCGUCGGAAACUCCCAAUAGCAAAGCUUCCCCCGCAACUCCAAGAGUCAGCAAAUUGGGUCGUGGGUUGACGAAAGCGGAGCCUGAUGCAUCCGCUCCAUCCCCCAAUCCGCGCCUCUCGGUUGAUCGCUCCCCGCGCUCUGUCGCCUCUAGACCCACAGUUGAUCGCCGCUCCCCCAAGCUCACUACUCCACCUGACAAGCCCUUUUUCUGUAUGUACUUCCAGAAGCCGGUCUCGAGGGCGUUGAAGAGCUCUGACUUGCAAACACAAUUAAAUCUUGCUCAAGAUGAACUUAAGAAAGCAAAGGAACACGUGGCUUUGAUUGAGAAGGAGAAGGCAAAAGCUCUUGAGGAACUCAAGGAAACGCAAAAGGCUGCUGAAGAUGCUAACGAAAAGCUUAGGGAUGCUAUGGUGGCACAGAAGCGAGCCGAGGAGAGUUCAGAAAUUGAAAAGUUCAGGGCUAUUGAGUUGGAGCAGUCAGGGAUCGAGGCUGCUCAAAAGAAGGAAGAAGAAUGGGAGAGAGAGCUUGAAGCUGUGAGAAGCCAACAUGCCUUGGAUGUGGCUGCUCUUCUCUCCACUUCUCAGGAGCUCCAAAGGAUUCAACAUGAGCUGGCCAUGGCUUGUGAUGCCAAGAAUCAGGCGCUGAACCAUGCUGACGAUGCGACUAAAAUUGCCGAGAUACAUGCAGAGAAGGUGCAGAUUCUCUCGGCCGAGCUGACCAGAUUGAAAACUUUGCUUGAUUCAAAGCUUGAAACAGAGGCCAGUGAAAACAACAAAAUGGUGUCGCAGCUCAAGGUAGAAAUUGGCUCUCUGAGAGAAGAACUUGAGAAGGCCAAAGGCUUUGAAGAGAAGUUGGCGGAAAGAGAAGCUUCUAUUGAGCAACUUAAUGUUGAGCUAGAAGCUGCAAAGAUGGCCGAGUCUUAUGCACACAGUCUAGUGGAAGAAUGGAAAAACAAGGUCCAGGACUUGGAGAUUAGUGUAGAGGAGGCUAAUAAGUUGGAGAAAUCAGCAUCAGAAUCUUUGACUUCUGUGAUGAAACAGUUAGAGAGAAGCAAUGAUUUGCUUCAUGAUGCUGAAUCCGAAGUUGCUGCUCUUAAAGAGAAGGUGGGUUUGCUGGAACUGACGACUGGAAAGCAAACAGGAGAUCUGCAGGCGUCAGAACAUCGCCUUGAUGAGGUGAAGGAAGAAAACUUGGAAAUGGGAAAAAUGAUCGAGUCUCUUAGAACUGAGCUCAAUACUGUGAGGGAAGAGAAAACUCGAGCUGUGAACAAUGAGAAACUUGCAGCUUCUGAUGUUAAAAGUCUGUUGGAAGAGAAAACCAAACUUGUCAGUGAUUUGAAAAUUUCCAAGGAGGAAGAAGAGAAGAGCAAAAAGGCAAUGGAGAGUUUAGCUUCAGCCUUGCAUGAAGUUUCUGCUGAAGCAAGGGAUACGAAAGAGAAGCUUGUGUGCAUUCAAAUUGAGCAUGAAAACUGUGAGUCCCAGAUGGAGGAUCUUGAAUUGGUCUUGAAAGCGACAAAUGAGAAAUGUGAAACUAUGCUUGAUGAUGCAAAACAUGAAAUGGAUAUUCUUGCAGCUGCUGUUGAACAAUCCAAGAAUGAAUACGAGAACUCCAAGGCAGAGUGGGAGCAAAAGGAACUUCAUCUGGUUGACUGUGUGAAGCAGUCAGAAGAAGAAAAGAAUGGCUUGCAAAAAGAGAGAGAGAGGCUGUUAAAUUUGCUCAAACAGGCUGAAGAAAAUGCUGGUGCUGCAAACCAAGAAGAAGCUCUGUUAAAGGAUAGUCUGAACAAAGCCGAAGCUGAGGUCACUUACUUACAGGAAGCUCUUGGAGGAGCAAAGGCUGAGAGCAUGAAAUUCAAGGAAAGCUUACUGGACAAAGAAAAUGAGUUGCAGGGUAUUCUUCAAGAAAAUGAGGAGCUUCGGACAAGGGAAGCUGCUUCUCUUGCGAAGGCUGACGAAUUAUCUAAGCUUCUUGAAGAAGCUAGGGUGAAACUUCACAGCGAGGAAAAUGGUGAGCUCUCGGAUACUGAAAAGGAUUAUGAUUUGCUUCCAAAGGUGGUUGAAUUCUCUGAGGAGAAUGGACAUGGAAGAGAAGAAAAGCACAUGGUGGAGACUCCACCAAAAGAUGAAGAAUCUAGGGUGGAAAAUUUCCCAGAACAGAAUAAUGUGUCAGAGGAUGUGUCUGAUCCAAUGGUUGUGGCCAAAAGUGAGUGUAUGAAUGGGAAAACAGAGGAUGAGAGCAAAGGAAAAGAAGAAAAGUCAGUAGAGGUCGAAUACAAGAUGUGGGAGAGUUGCAAAAUCGAGAAGAAAGAGUUUUCACCAGAGAGAGAACCAGAGCAGGAAUCAGUUGAAGAGGAAGCGGACUUAAAGGCUGAUGGUGGUGGGAGCUGCGAUCAGAUAAACGGGACAAACUCAUCAGAGAACAUUAAUGACGGUGGAAGCUCACCAUCCAAGCAGCAAAAUCCAAAGAAAAAGAAACCGUUGCUCCGCAAGUUCGGAAGUUUACUAAAAAAGAAGGGUGCAAGCAAUCCGAAAUGAACGAA